AUGGCUUCGCUGCAAUCCCUCAUAAUAGUCACCCUGGCAGCCCUGCCAACCAUCAACGCUGUCUACACCAACGGCUCUGUAAUCGCCCCCUGUGACUCGCCCAUAUACUGCCACGGCGACAUCCUCCAAGACAUCCAGCUGGCGCACCCCUUUUCCGAUUCCAAGACCUUUGUAGACAUGCCAGCAAAGAGACCCCUCCCCGAAAUCCUCGCCGCCUUCAACAACCUCUCCAAACCCCUUACAAACUCCUCCUCCCUCCAAACCUUCCUCGCAACCUACUUCGCCGACGCCGGCGGCGAACUCGUCGACGUGCCCCGGUCCAACCUCUCCACCAACCCAACCUUUCUCUCCAGAAUCAACGACACCGUCAUCCGCCAAUUCGUCUCCAAAGUCAUCGACAUCUGGCCCGACCUGACGCGCCGCUACUCCGGAACCGCCGUGGGCAACUGCUCAACUUGUCCCAACAGCUUCAUCCCAGUGAACCGCACCUUUGUCGUCGCGGGCGGACGCUUCCGCGAGCCGUAUUACUGGGACUCGUACUGGAUCGUCGAGGGCCUGCUGCGCACGGGCGGGGCGUUUGUGGGCAUUGCGAAGAAUACGAUUGAGAACUUCUUGGAUUUCAUUGAGCGCUUUGGGUUUAUUCCGAAUGGCGCGCGGCUGUACUACUUGAAUCGGUCGCAGCCGCCGCUGUUGUCGCAGAUGGUCAAGGUCUACAUUGAGCAUACAAAUGACACGAGUAUUCUGACGAGGGCUCUGCCGCUGCUGGUCAGGGAGCAUGACUUUUGGAUCAGCAACAGGACCGUCAGCGUGACUGUUGCGAAUAAGACGUACACGCUGCAGCAAUAUGCCGUGCAAAACACCCAGCCGCGGCCAGAGUCCUUCCUGGAGGACCAUGUCACCGCCAACAACCGCUCCUAUUUCGCUGCUUCGGGCAUCAUCUAUCCCGCCAACAAGCCUCUCAACGCGACCCAAGUGGCAGAUCUAUACGCAAACCUCGCCACCGGCGCCGAGAGCGGCAACGACUACACCUCCCGCUGGCUCGCCAACCCGUCCGACGCCAUCAACGACGUCUACUUCCCCCUGCGCUCGCUCAACAACAAGGCCAUUGUCCCCGUCGACCUCAACGCCAUCCUGUACGGCAACGAGCUGACAAUCUCGCAAUUCUUCAACCGCACCGGCAACCUCACCGCCGCCCGCGCCUGGGCCGAGCGCGCCGCAAACCGCAGCACCGCCAUCCAAGCCGUCUUCUGGAACGAAACCCUCUUCAGCUACUUUGACUACAACCUCACCUCCUCUUCGCAGUAUGUCUACGUCCCCGCCGACAAGGACGCCAUCUCGCUCGACAGGCGAACCGCUCCCCCGGGCAAGCAAGUCUUCUUCCACGUCGGCCAGUUCUACCCCUUCUGGACGGGCGCCGCGCCAGACUACAUCAAGAACAACCCCUAUGCCGUGACGCGCGCCUACGACCGCGUGGCGGGAUAUCUCGACGCCCAGCCCGGCGGUAUUCCAGCCAGCAACGUCCAGACCGGCCAGCAGUGGGACCAGCCCAACGUCUGGCCGCCGAACCAGCACAUCCUCAUGCAAGGGCUCAACAACGUGCCCGCGACCUUCUCGGCCCAGGACCCUUCGUAUCAGGACAUUCAGAACCUAUCUCUGCGUCUGGGGCAGCGAUAUCUCGACUUUACGUUUUGCACGUGGCUCGCCACAGGAGGGUCUACCUCGGAAACGCCAAAGCUGCGUGGGCUGUCGGACCAAGACGUGGGUAUCAUGUUUGAAAAGUACGAUGAUAACUCGACCAACGCUGCGGGUGGAGGAGGAGAGUAUGAGGUUGUCGAGGGCUUUGGCUGGACGAAUGGUGUGCUGCUAUGGACGGCUGAUACGUUUGGGAAUAAGCUCAAGAGACCGCAGUGCGGAAACAUCACGGCAGGUCAUCCGGCGCCGUCAUCUUCGUCUUCCAAGAGAAGUGCGGUCCAGUUGGAUGCUUGGGAUGCGAGGAGAGUGAAGAAGUUUGGCAAGAGAGCAGAGGGGAGGGUAGAAAGACCAUUUCUGUUUUGA